UUUCUAUGAGUUUUAUAUCAACAAAUAAAAUGAAACGUCAUUUAUUUUCUAAUAACACAUCAAAUUUCCGCAAGAAUCAUUAGAAAGCUUUAAACAAUCAUGAGCAAGAAACUGACAGAAAAUCAACUUCAAGAACUUCAAAAUUGGUUGAAUAAAUUCUCUCUAAAUAAAAUUUUCGUUGCUAACAAAUUGCACCGAGAUUUGUCUGAUGGAGUAAUAGUUGCAAUGAUGUUGAAAGAAAUGUACCCAAAAUUAAUAGAUUUACACAACUAUUCAUCAAGUUCUUCAGUUCAAUUAAAACGAACUAAUUGGGAGACUCUUAAUAAUAAAGUAUUCAAAAAACUUGGUAUUCAACAAAAUUCAAAUAUUCUUGAUUCGAUUUCAAGAUCAAUUUCGGGAUUUAUAGAAAAACUUCUAUUUACAAUUAUGCGCAAUGAAGAAGCUUCUGCACAAAAAAUUAAAUUUCAAUUGCAAGAAGAAGAUGAUUUGCCUUAUGCCAUGAAUGACGAAAUAGUUAUGAUCAAUAUGAAUAAGCAGAUUGGUGAUGGAAUCAUACAAGUUCCUCAGAAAAUGAUUCUUUAUUCGAUUUUUGAACAAACAUUUCGGGCAUCCAAAGAGAAAGAUAUUAAGAUUGAUUUGCUUUAUCAAAAAAAUGUUCAUUUGGAAAAUUUGAUUGAGUUGAAAAAUGAACGCAUUGAAGAAUUGCAGGGACAAAUUGAAAAAUUGCAAAGUGUCAGGAAACUUGCAAGUGAAGAAUCCCUUAAUGUAUCGGAACCAAGUUCAACUCUUUUUAAAAUAGAGUAAUUUGUAUAAAUUUAAAAUUUUAUAUUAGUAUUUUUACAAUUUCAUAUGUCUGUAAAUAAUUGAAUUUUAAUAAACUGGAAUGUCGUUUGGAGUUUAGAAAA